UUCCAAAUGCGUCUAGUUGUAACGUUCUACGAACAAUCCUCAUGAGUUUGACUUGAAUAAAUUGCAAACUAAAACAGAUUUCAAAAAUUCCUUUCAGUUAAUACAGAGCACUUCAUUUGACAAGUUCAGCUGCUAGCACGGUACCCAUUUCCAGCACUUCCAUACCUUAAAAAACGAUACUAAACCUUCUAAGAAGGGAUCCUUGUCAUAAUAUAGUAGGUCUACAGAGAAAAUAAAUCACUAGUGAACGAAUACCACGUACAUUUAUUUCCUGUUCACUUAUCUUCCAAACUGACAACUCGAAACAGUGUUCCAUCAUUUCUGUUCGUUAGCUUUAAUUUAUGUUCAUUCAGUUUGCACAACUUGCAAAAAGAUCACGUUUUAUAAAGCCUGUAAUGAAUCCUAAACCUUCACAAUCUUACCUUGAAAAAGUGAAAGACAAAGGUAUAGAAACGGACGACAGGAAACUUCUUGUUUUAGAUCUAAAUGGAACGCUUUUAAGUAGACCCUUAAAAGACCGUUCGCAUUCGUCCGUGAGCAGUGCUUCUUCCAAUGCCGUUCCACGCCCUGGAGUGAAAAACUUUUUAAAGUAUGCAUUUACAAACUACUCUGUUAUGGUUUAUAGCUCUUCUAGACGAAAUAAUGUUGAAGCGAUGUUAAACUGUAUCAUGAAUCCUGAGCAAGUCAAAUCUCUUACGGCCUGCUGGACUCGCGAAAGUAUGGGUUUAAGCACAGCACAUUUCAAUACGAAAGUGCAAACAUUUAAAAACUUGGAUGCGAUUUGGGAAAACCUUCACCAAGACCGCGAUGGACAAGCUGUUAAUUGGUGCCAGUAUAACACAGUCAUUAUUGAUGACUCUGAAGUUAAGUGCGCUGCUCAUCCCUUUAAUCAUAUCCAUGUUUCGGACUUUGCUCACUCAACAGUUGAUUUUCAAAAGGAUUUUGAUUUGGUUUGUGCCAUUCGCUACCUCAAACACUUGAAGAACAUGUCCAAUGUCAGCAACUACAUUUCCCAGCAUCCUUUCCGUGUGGAUCAUAAUCUAUCGCAGGAUGAGAAUCUGAAAUAUUUAGAUCAAGCUUUUGAAGAACACAACAAAAAUGUCAGUACCGCUUAAGCAAGCGGAAGGAUUGAACCAACUAUGAACCUAAGUUAUCUAUUUCUCUUUCACUAUCAUCACCAGAUAUAUUUUUAUAUUUUUCUUUUUCAAAAAUUUGUUAUAUUUAUUAAGAUAACAUAUCUACAAUAAUUGAAGAUUGAUGCAUAUAUCUUACCAAUUAAAUCAUACAAGAAUGUACUUUUUAAGCAUAACAUCAUUUCUUAGGCCCUUAUAGGACGCUCGUUCAUUUUCGUAGGACGGCGUAUUUUUUUACGCUUUCCUUCUUCAAACAACGCAACUUGUUUCAAGUCUCUUCCGAAUGUAUCAGGCUUCUUCACCUUAUAUAAACGGACAAGAUGAUGCAUUGAAGUAAAAGCUUCUUCGAUCGUAUAGAGUUGUGGAUCCUUAGAUGGUAAUCUUUGAUUUCUGCUGCGGUCAAAACCUUGGCCAGGAGGGAACAACUUCCAUGCUCCAUGGUAAGACAUCUUGUACAUUAACGAUUCGCGCAUAGUUGGAGUUGCGGCAUCGUCAGUACGAUAUUCACCAUUCGGAGUGAAGAAGUUGCGUUCAAUAAUCUCAUCAGGCCAUAUGCCUUGCGAAAUACGAAUCAUCCACAAAAACUUGUUCAUAUCAUCACUGCUGAAACCGAGAGUACCGCCAUAGAUAAUUAAAAUGUAGUCAACAUCGUGCUUACGGAGAAGGGGAUAAGCAGCUUCCUCGUUCGAGGACAUGGCCUUACCGACGGUAGCGAUGUGAGUGUUAUUCCAAGUAUUGUUGUCAACAAGGGUUACACGGUCAGCCAUACCAGCAAUUUGGUAACCAUAAUCCCACC